AAUUUGAUGUCAUCUGCUCAAACAAGAUUUUUGUAAAAAUAUUUCAAUUCCCAUUCUCAAAAUCAUUUAAUUGUUACAAUUAAGUUUAUUUCAAUUAAAUUAUCCAAGUGCAAUUACAACCUAUAUUUUUUAAGUGUGCUACAUGUUCAUGUAGUACCAAAAGUUGCGAGGCGAGUAGGAAAAUUGAGAAAAUGUGAAAGUAAACUUUGUAGCGAAAUAAUUUUUUCACAAUCGAAGAAAAUAAAUAACCGUAACAUGAAAUUCACAGUCACUAUGUCGAGCCAAGUUUGUUUUCUCUGUUUCCAAGCCAUUGACACCACCACCGUCGAGGAAAGUAGAAAAAUGCGAAUCUCGUCCCUGGGAGAAUUACUGUCAUUGUCGUCUUGUCGCAAAACAAUUACUCAACAAUUUGAAGAGGACGAGAGCUGUGAACUCUGCCCGGUUUGUGCCCCCGUGAUAAGCGAGAUGGAGGAAAUCCGGGGUCAAAUGUCCGCCCUGGAGAAACUAAUUGGGGUGAAAAUUACUGAAAUUCGCGAAAUUAUGCUAGCUUCUUCGGCCUCCUCAAUAGAAAAUCGGGAUGAUGAUGGGGACAAGGUUCACAAAUUGAGGACAACCAUACUUAAAAUGAUGGGAGAUAAUGACGACCAACAAGACGACAACAUUGCACUGGACGAAGUGCUGAUCAAAGUCGAACAGGAUGGAGAUGGAUUCCUGGGUGGGGACGAACUAUUUGACGACCAUUAUUCCCCCGCCGUCGAACUUUAUAACGAGGAAGAAAUGGUUCCGGUAAAAUAUGAAGAAGGCGACGACGACAAUGACGAAUUGCCCUUCUGCAUUAAUCCACAUCCACAAAGGAAGGGAAGGGAGAGAGCCCGAAAACCUACUAGAAAAACAAAUCCACUACGAACUAAGCGAAAAGUUGAAAACGAUUCUCGAAAACGAGUCAAAAACUCGGAGAAACGCAACCCCACGGCGACCAGGAUAAAAAUAGAAAAUAUUCUGAUUCCUACUUCAAAACGUCGCUCAACGCGCACUAAAACACCAGUUCUUCCUCCAAAAGGUUGCAAAACACUGACCGUCUCGCUUGAAAGGAUUUCCGUCCCGAUUACAAAGUCCAGCCCUAUUUCUUCUCCCUCAUCAUCACCAUUCCACGACGAAGACCUUCCUUCCAAUGAUCUCGACUCAUCGAAAGAACAAUCCUCUGAUAAGAAAAACAAGUCAAAAAAUCACAAUUGUCCAAAUUGUCCGAAAUCAUUCGCCACCGGGCCCAAACUGUCGUACCAUAUUGCCUGCCAGCACCGCGUCCCUUGCUUUGAUCCGCAGUGCAACGCCUCAUUUAGCUCGUAUAAGGCGAGAGAUGCCCACCGAAAGGUAGCCCACCCAAGCGUCCCCCGUUACGAGCGUGCUGAAGGUGGGAUAAGUAGGGCGCAAAGUGUACAAGUGGCCGAACGGGUGAUGGACUACUACAAAAAUGAGGCCAACCGAAACUCUAGGAAGACAUGGAAAUUUUUCGAGCAGCUAGGCAUUCCAAAAAGUAGUGUGUACCGUUACCUGAAAUUGUUCAAGGACAAGGAUACCAUAACCUUCAAAAAGCCACCGGGUUGUCCACCAAGGUCGGAAUUAACUGAGGCACAGCGUGCCCAAAUUGUUCGCCCCUAUAAAUGCUCCUCCUGCCAGAAAUCAUUCAUCCAUCGGUACGCCCUAACCAGCCACAUCGCCCGUGACCACACUGGCGCCAAAGACCAGGUGUGCCACAUUUGUGGAAAAAAAUUCUACACCAUCUUCAACCUUAGACAUCAUCUGAUAACUCACGACGAAUCGCGGCGUCCACAGUGUGAAACAUGCGGGGAAAAGUUUCUGCAUUAUAGCACCCUCCAGUCUCACAGAAUUCGGGAGCAUGGAGCUGACCCGCUGGUUUGCGAUGAGUGUGGAGCAACUUUCAUUACACUAAAGGGACUUCAAGGACAUAAGUUGACGCACACAGGAUUAAAGCCGUACAAUUGUGAUAAAUGUGACGCCAAAUUCUCCCAAAUGCGACACCUUACCACUCACCAAUUAUCCCACUCUGACCAACGACGACACCCCUGUCCUCACUGCGAACGAGCGUUUAAAAUGAAGAACCAACUAACCUUGCACAUUAAGAGUAUCCACACCGCGGGCUAUGUGACCCCCAAGGCGCACAAAUGCCCCCAGUGUGACAGAUCAUUCCAGUACCCGGCCCUUGUGAAGGCGCACGUCCUCCAAGCUCAUACGGGGGAGCGUCCCUUCACCUGCAAUCACUGUGGAAAGGGGUUCGUUAUGAAGUCCGCUUUAACCCUGCAUUUGAAGGGGAAGCAUGGCAUUGAAGUCGAGCCUGUGGUUAAAAAUAGGCAACCGAGGUCCAAGAGGGACACUUUCCACGUCGCGGUGGAACAAGAAGGGGAUCCGUAAUUUGUAAAAAAAAAUGUGUUAUAUGAAAUUGUAUAGAAAUUAGUUCCACCAAUUGCAUGCAUUUUGUUUACUCACUCACAGAACUUAAAUAUAAUAUACAUAUUUGUACGUCAUAUAUUAUUUCGUUUUAAUAAAGUCAAAUUAAAUAUA